AUGGAAUCAACCCCGAAGAGGAAGCUUUCAUUAAUUACUUUUGAAGAAAAAGUGAUUAAUUAAGGUUCAAAAACAAGCCACAAACUUGGAUUCUCUUAUGAAAAAUAUGCAAGAGUAUUAGAUUUUUUGAAGCCUUAUAUUGAAAAAAAGAGUAAUGAACUGUAUCCCUUUCAACUUCCUUUAUAAAAAAAUGAUGAAAAUUCAAGCUAAACAAUUGUAUAAGGAGAAUGUUUUAUACCACUGGAAUAUAUCGAGGGUAGAUUUCUUGAUGACAUAAAAAAGAUAGCUUUCACGACAUUUUAAGCAAUCUUCUUUCAAUUGUCAAAAGCAAUAUUUAUGUUACAUAAAAAUAAAAUCUUGGCUAGAUGUAUAUCCUCCAAAAAUAUUUUUGUAAAUUAAUUGGAUGAAAAAAUCUUUUUGCUUGAAUUCGGCUUUUAUCCUACAGCCUAUUUUGAAUAAUAAUACUAAACAAAUAUUGAUAUAACAUUAAUAAUAACAAUAAUGAAAGAAUUAUCAAAAAAAGAGAAAUGUGAUGGAAUUGAUAAAAUUAAUUAGUUAAUAAUAAAAUUAGAUGAACUUGAAAGAGCAAUGCCUAAUCUUAACAUAAUGGAAAGUUAUCAAAGACUAUAUGAACUUGUUUAGAAUGGACCGACUAAACAGGAUGUACAAGGAUUAUACACAUAAUAGUGGGUGAAUGAAUUAAAUGAAAAAAUUAAAUAAUUUGAUUUCUAAAGUUUGAUAAAAGCUCGAAAAGGUGACCCAGAUGAUACAGAUGAUGAACAUAACCCUCAAGAUUUAUCAUGGUAAUAUAUUUUAAUCUAAAUAGGAUCCUGAAUCGUUUUGAUUUCUUAAAGCAAACUGUAGAAAUGUUUAAAUAAAGUUUUCCUGAAGAAUAUGUGCAAAUUGGAUUAAUGUUGUCUCUUAUGACUUAUUUUGUUUAAGAGAGUAAUACAGGAAAUGAAAAUGAAUUAAAUGAGGAAAUUGACAUGAUAAAAAAUAAAAUUAAGUAAAUUCAAACUAUUCAAGAUAUUGAGAAAGAAAUUUUAGAUUUUAUUAAACCAUAAUUAUAUAAACAGAACAGAUUAAAAGAUUUCCUAAAAUAUUAUCGAUAUCAAACUUAUAAAAAUUACAAGAGAUUGCUUUCAAGUUCAUAAAGUAUUUUAAACUAUAUAAAAAAGAUUCAUUAAAGAAUGUGAAACUCUCAUUUAUGAUGAUUGCUUCGUUUUCCAUUGAUAAUUUUGAUGAAAAUUAAAUAUAAUUUUCUAAAUUAUAUAGCAGUUCACAUAUAAAGUAAAUUUAAGCAAAGACUGCCGAAAUAAUACUUAAAUUUAAAAAAUAAUGA